AUGUAUAAUAUAAGUAAACCGCAGAUGCUGUCUCCAGAACUGGAGGCGUGUGGCCGAUUGUUUGGUUGCGUGCAGCGACUCUGUGGAAAUAGAUCAGCGAUCGAGGAGAGUGAACCCCGGCAAGUACGAGGUCGACGGGGUGCUCAGGAUCUCGAGGGACCGUCAGGCCCGGAGGAUGCAAUUCUCCCGGUUCCGGUCAGUCCGAGUCCUGCAUCAACUUCCUCCCAGGAAGACUCAUGCAAGCCGCUGCCCAAAAACUGCUACCGUCUCCUUGUUCUCGGCAGCGCGCGGGUCGGAAAAACCGCCAUUGUAGCACGAUUCCUGUCCAACAAGUUCGAUGAAAGUUACACCCCGACGAUUGAGGAUUUUCAUCGAAAGCUCUACCGGAUACGCGGUGAAGUGUACCAGCUAGACCUCGUAGACACCAGUGGCAACCAUCCGUUUCCUGCCAUGAGGAGGCUUUCCUUCCUAACUGGUGACUUAUUUAUACUGGUGUUUAGUAUGGACAACCGAGAGUCUUUUGAGGAAGCCAUCAGAUUAAGAGAGUCAAUAAUGGAAGCUAAAAUAACUGCCACACAAAAUGUUAAAGGAAGGAGCAAGAGUCACAACAUUAAAGUUCCGAUGGUUAUGGCAGGAAACAAAUGUGAUUACGAUGUUAAGGUUGUAUCAGUACAAGAAGCUGAGAAAUAUUGCGUGAGCCAAGAUGAAUUUUGUGUGUUUUCCGAAGUUUCUGCAAAGUUUAAUACCAACAUUGAUGAUCUUUUCGCGCAACUUUUCGCAGUUGCUGGACUGCCCCCAGAAAUGGCUCCAAGUCAGCACAGAAAAGUUCCCCUGUCCUUUGGCUCGCCCACGAUGUUUCCACCCUCUCAGCCAAAGCACAAAGCGACGCUAAGUAUAAAACGUCGAUUGAGCGAUGCUUGCGGAGUUGUUGCACCAAAUGUACGACGUCCAAGUAUUAGAACAGAUUUGAUGAUAAUGAGGACCAAGACGUGUUCCCUUGCCGCUGGAAACGAGAAUAUCGCACCGGGUUCAAGAAUCACCCUUCGAUCUUCCGAACCAGGCAAAACCUGCACAAUUCAGUGAUAAUACUAUUGAGAUAAUGUUAUUGAUUAAAAUUAUAUAUUAAUAUAUUAAUAUAAAAUAUAAAUUAUAUUACUGUAAACAAUAAAUUAUAAUAAACUUUGGAUUAACAAGCGAAUAAUGUGAGACAUUAUAGAAGUAAAGUAUCGUGGUCGGCUCUAAGACCAUAGCCAAUAAUUUUCAGAUCUCUUUUUAUCGCAUAUUUAUUAAUAAUUAAUAACUCAUUGAAUAAUGUUAAAUUAAUCAGAUUUUAAUUAUAUCCAUAGUUACAUGUUGGACGGUAAUUAAUCCUAUAAUUACUGUUCAGACUGCCUUAAUUAAUACUGUAGAAAAUUGUUGAACAAAAUGAUAAAUCUUUUAAUUGAUAAUUGAUGUAAUUGACCGAACCAAAAAUCUGCUAGAGGAAAAAUUAAUUGCUUUAAAAAAAAAAAAAAAAAAAAAACCGAUUAUCGAAACAAAGUUCUUAACUUUUAUUAAUAAAAAUAUUUAUUCUUGUAAAAUUGAAGAAAUUUUUUGACAGAAUUUUCGCUUUCUGAUAUUAAUAUUUCUUCUUUAUAAAAUUGUGAGUUGUUUAAUCAAAAAGUGAAAGCACUGUCUAAAAAUUGGGUUAUUAACUUUGUUUUGGAAGACAUGCUUGCUACUCUAGAAUUUUUUGGUUAAUAAAAAUGGAAAAUAAUUGAAAUGAAAUGUCUUUAAUUGGUAUGACGUCAGUUGUAAUUUGUAAUUUGUAAUUUAUAAUUGUAAUUAGUUUUCAUUCUCGGUAACGACGAACCAAUUUAUGUAAAAUGUAAAUAUUAAUUGAUGGAAAUAGGAUAUAUAUGGUGUAUAUGACUAAAAUAAUGAACCAAUGAAUAAGAGAACCGAUUAAUAAUCAAUAAUACCAUUUGUCAUGUAUGCUAUUGUCAUUUAGACACUAUUGGUUGUUAUAUUACGUGCGUACGCAUUCAAGUACCGUGCGUUACAUUUGAUUUAUCGAAAUUUCUUAAUAAACUUGAGCAAUAAAUUAUUA